GGGGAAGACAGAAGUAGUGGGUAGUUGUCUGCAGCAAAAGUAAAGGGUGAAAGGAGGUUCCUUUGAGUAGUUUCCCCGUUCACCACAGAAAUAAACCCUAGCUUUUGCGUUGUUUGAAGCCAAAGAUUUGCACUGGAGUGGCUAGGGACUUCCGGAGCUGUGACCAUGUCUUCCUUGAGUAGGGAACUGGUUUUCUUAAUCCUACAAUUCUUGGAUGAGGAGAAAUUCAAAGAGACAGUCCAUAAAUUGGAGCAAGAAUCUGGGUUUUUCUUCAAUAUGAAAUACUUUGAGGAACAAGUUCAAGCUGGUGAGUGGGAUGAAGUAGAGCGCUAUUUAAGUGGUUUUACCAAGGUUGAGGAUAACCGUUAUUCUAUGAAGAUUUUCUUUGAAAUACGAAAGCAGAAAUAUCUUGAAGCUCUGGACAAGCAAGAUCGAGUAAAAGCUGUCGAUAUUCUUGUAAAGGAUCUCAAAGUUUUUGCCUCCUUCAAUGAAGACCUUUUCAAGGAGAUUACCCAAUUACUGACACUUGAAAACUUUAGACAGAAUGAGCAGCUUUCCAAAUAUGGGGACACAAAGUCUGCACGGAAUAUUAUGUUGGUUGAACUUAAAAAGCUUAUAGAAGCAAAUCCUUUGUUCCGUGACAAGCUCGCAUUACCUUCAUUCAAAGCUUCUCGAUUGCGGACUUUGAUAAAUCAGAGCCUUAACUGGCAACAUCAGCUUUGCAAGAAUCCACGGUCAAACCCUGAUAUCAAAACACUUUUUACUGAUCAUACUUGUGCUUCUAGCAAUGGAGCUCGGCCUCCCCCACCUACUAAUACUCCUCUUCUUGGGCCUAUUCCAAAACCUGGAGCUUUUCCUCCACUUGGAAUCCAUAGUCCUUUCCAGCCAGUUGUUUCUCCUUCUCCAAGUGCAAUUGCUGGAUGGAUGACAAGUGCAAGUCCAUCAAUGCCUCAUGCUGCAGUUGCCCAGGGCCCUCCAGGAAUCGUGCAACCUCCUGGUGCCGCUGCAUUCCUUAAACAUCCUAGGACCCCUCCAGGUGUUCAUGGAAUGGACUACCAAACAGCUGAUUCUGAGCAUCUGAUGAAAAGGAUUCGAUCUGGCCAAUCUGAUGAGGUAUCUUUCUCUGGCUCAACUCAUCCACCAAAUAUGUACUCUCCAGACGAUCUUCCCAAAACUGUUGUGCGGAAUCUUAGCCAAGGAUCCAAUGUAAUGAGCAUGGACUUCCAUCCCCAACAACAGACUAUUCUUUUAGUUGGAACAAAUGUUGGUGACAUAAGUAUUUGGGAGGUUGGUUCUCGGGAAAGGUUAGCACAUAAGAACUUCAAUAUGUGGAAUCUCUCAGCCUGUUCAAUGCCUUUGCAGACAGCAUUGGUGAAAGAUGCAUCUGUAUCUGUCAAUAGAUGUGUAUGGGGCCCGGAUGGGGCUAUACUUGGUGUUGCUUUCUCCAAGCAUAUAGUUCAAAUAUAUACAUACAGUCCAUCAGGAGAGUUAAGACAACAUUUAGAAAUUGAUGCUCAUAAUGGCGGAGUUAACGAUAUUGCAUUUGCCUAUCCAAAUAAGCAACUCUGCAUAGUCACUUGUGGUGAUGACAGGUUGAUUAAGGUUUGGGAUGCUGUAGCUGGUCGUAGACUACACAUGUUUGAAGGGCAUGAAGCUCCAGUCUAUUCAGUCUGUCCUCACUAUAAAGAGAGCAUUCAGUUCAUAUUCUCAACUGCGAUUGAUGGUAAAAUAAAAGCAUGGCUUUAUGAUUGCAUGGGAUCACGAGUGGAUUAUGAUGCACCCGGACUUUGGUGCACAACAAUGGCGUAUAGCGCCGAUGGUACAAGACUUUUCUCAUGUGGAACAAGCAAAGAAGGCGAAUCAUACCUUGUUGAGUGGAAUGAGAGUGAAGGAGCUAUCAAGAGGACCUACUCUGGCUUCAGGAAGCGUUCUCUAGGAGUUGUACAAUUUGACACAACAAGAAAUCAUUUCUUAGCUGCUGGAGAUGAGUUUCAGAUAAAGUUUUGGGAUAUGGAAAACAUAAAUAUGCUUACAUCUACUGAUGCGGAUGGUGGAUUGCCAGCCAGCCCUAGACUAAGGUUCAAUAAGGAGGGGUCUUUACUGGCUGUUACAACGAGUGACAAUGGAAUCAAGAUAUUGGCAAAUAAUGAUGGGCAACGUGUGCUAAGGAUGCUAGAGAGUAGGCCACUUGAGGGAACCCGUGGUCUUUCUGAAGCUGUCAAUAUCAAACCUUCAGUUGGUGGGGGAUCAUUAGGUCCUAUUUCCAAUGUGCCUGUUUCAGUAGCUCCAAUGCUGGAACGUGGUGACAGAGUUCAGCAAUCCAUGUCCAUCGGCAAUCUGGCCACCAUUGAAAGCAGCAGGAUCUCUGAUGUAAAACCUAGGACUGUAGACAAUGGUGACAAAGUUAAAAGCUGGAAGCUCCCCGACAUAGCUGAAUCUUCUCAACUUAAAUCCCUCAGGUUGCCUGAUCCUUUGACUGCAAACAAGGUUGUGCGGCUGCUGUAUACAAAUACUGGACUUGCGCUGCUGGCACUAGGUUCCAAUGGUGUUCAUAAGCUUUGGAAGUGGCAGCGAAAUGAGCGUAACCCGUCCGGAAAGUCUUCUGCUUCGGCUGUACCACAAUUAUGGCAGCCAAGCAGUGGAGCUCUCAUGUCAAAUGAUUUAAGUGAUGUAAAAUCAGCUGAAGAGCCUGCUUCAUGCAUUGCUUUAUCUAAGAAUGAUUCUUAUGUCAUGUCUGCUUCUGGUGGGAAAGUUUCCCUCUUUAACAUGAUGACCUUCAAGGUCAUGACAACUUUCAUGCCACCACCUCCUGCUGCCACCUAUUUGGCAUUUCACCCUCAGGACAAUAACAUUAUUGCUGUGGGAAUGGAAGACUCCACCAUACAAAUAUACAAUGUCAGGGUUGAUGAGGUUAAAACCAAGCUCAAGGGUCAUCAAAAACGGAUCACAGGGCUUGCAUUUUCUCAGAGCUUGAAUGUGCUGGUUUCUUCUGGGGCAGAUGCACAACUAUGUAUCUGGCACAUCGAUGGAUGGGAAAAGAAAAAAUCAAGGCUCAUACAGGCACCACCUGGACACCCCACUUCAGUAGUUGGAGAUACAAGAGUUCAAUUCCAUAAUGAUCAAUCACACAUCCUUGUAGUUCAUGAAAGCCAAAUUUCAAUUUAUGAUACUCAACUUGAGUGUAUGCGUUCGUGGUAUCCGAGGGAGUCACUUUCUGCGGCAAUUUCAAGUGCGAUAUAUUCAUGUGAUGGUAUGUUAGUGCUAGCCGGAUUCUCCGAUGGUGCAAUUGGAAUAUUUGAUGCAGACACGUUCAGGCUUCGGUGUCGAAUUGCAUCAUCUGCUUACAUGUCUACAUCUAUUGGCAGCAGCAGCGGGUGUGCCUUUCCUGCAGUGAUUGCGGCACACCCGUCAGAUCCAUACCAAUUUGCUCUCGGGAUGAGCGAUGGCACAGUACACGUGAUCGAGCCAUCAGAUGCUGAGCCGAAGUGGGGCAGUUCAACCUCUCAAGAUAAUGGAUCUCUACCUUCCAUUCCCUCAAGUUCUGCGUUGAAUAGUCAGCAGCCAUGUGAGACUCCAUCUAGGUGAUAUAGUAGCAGUAGUUUAUACAAGGUUUUUUUUCCUGCAACAACAGCGCUAAAAGUUGAUGUAAAGUUACACUGAGGCCUAAUUCUUUUCCUUCUUUGGACCAUAUUUAGGACAUUUCUGUACAUUUAUUUAUGCCCCAACUUACUCCCUCAGAUUCACCUUAGUUGAUUCAGAAUUUGCUUUAUUCUUGUUUGUAUUGGUGUAGGAUGACAAAUCCUGCCUUGCUGUCCCUUUAACAUCUAUGAUAUGAUUUUUUAAUUAUAAUAAUUGUGCAACACUCUAG